AUGGGGUUUCCAAAGCAACCCAGGUCGCUCGCAGAUAUUCAGACGCCAAUCAUAUGUGCAUUACCCACAGAAGCGGAUGCUGUGGAAGUGGCAUUCGACAAGUUCUGGGAAGAUCAUGGAGAUAAAUACGACAAAUUAACCACCGAUGUAAACGUGUAUACGCCGGGGAUGGUUUGCAACCACUAUGUUGUGCUCGCUCAUAUGCCAGGGAUUUGCAAGAGAAACGCCGCCAAUGUCGCAGCUAAUUUUCGAUCGAGCUUUCCUGGCAUCAAGUCCGCCUUGCUCAUUACCCUGGGCGACGUGAUCAUCAGCGACGGCGUGACAGAGUUUGACUUUGGGAGACGGUUUCCUGGGAGCCAGUUUAUACGAAAAGAUACUCCGACGGACAAUCUCAGCUCACCCAGGGCCCAAAUUAGAGCAAUAUUGGCCAAGUUGCAAUCGCAGCAAAAUAGAAAACGCCUUCAUGACAAGCUGGCAAAUUGCCGUAUUGCCCAGAAAGCAUCUUGCCAGCAAUUAGGAUGUGAUCCGACACACUUGACUAUCACGCGGGCACCGUCGUCGCUGAUUCAUUUCGGUCGGAUUGCGACUGGGGACACUGUGAUGAAGGCCGGGGAGGAUCGCAAUAUUAUCGCAAAAGACGAGGGGGUCAUACCAUUCGAAAUGGAAAGUACAGGGGAUUGUGACUAUGCAGACAGCCACAAGUUGGGACAGGCAUAUGCGGCCGUAGCAGCAGCAGCUGCAUGA